CACGCUUGACUGACUGGUCUUUCCUUGCAUAAUUUCAUUUCACGAUUACCCGCCAAGAGGCCGUUGAGCAAAACCCGAAACACAGAGCGACGUAGACACAAAGACAAAGCAGCCAUGGCAUUUGCCAGAGCCAGACUUACCACUCUGCCAAUGAUUCCUUCACUCUUCUCAAUAACUCUCAAACCCUUCCUUCCCAUUCCUCACCCCCUCCCUCCUCCAAUGCGUUCCCUCCUCAUUCCCUUUGCCUCUCUCUCUGCUUCCCAAACCCAUCACGACCCAUCAGCUCCUUCGGUCCCAUCGUAUCCGAGAAAGAGCAGCCAACCAUGGAAGCCCAUGUGUUUGUAUUACACGCAAGGGAAAUGCACUAUGAUGGAGGAUCCUACCCACUUGGAGAAAUUCAAUCAUGAUUGCUCCAGAGAUCUUCAAGUGACAAAUUACAUGUCAAACCGCAUCUGCUCUCAGAACUUAGAUUAUUUUCUUGUGCUUGAUUUGGAGGGAAAAAUUGAAAUUCUUGAGUUUCCUGUUCUGAUGAUUGAUGCAAAUACCAUGGAUGUCGUGGAUUUUUUCCACAGAUUCGUGAGGCCAUCUGAGAUGAGUGAGAAAAGAAUAAAUGAAUAUAUUGCAGGAAAGUAUGGCAAAUUUGGAGUUGAUCGUGUUUGGCAUGAUACAGCUAUACCAUUUAAGGAUGUUCUUCAACAAUUUGAAGCCUGGCUAAUUCAGCAUCAAUUAUGGGGAGAAAAGUUGGGUGGGUGCCUUAAUCGAGCAGCAUUUGUAACUUGUGGAAACUGGGAUUUGAAAACAAAAGUUCCUGAGCAAUGCAAAGUGUCAAGGAUGAAGCUUCCGUCAUAUUUUAUGGAAUGGAUCAAUCUCAAAGAUGUCUAUCUAAAUUUUUACAAGAGGAGGGCAACAGGAAUGAUGACAAUGAUGAAGGAGCUUCAUUUACCAUUGUUGGGAAGUCACCAUCUUGGAUUUGAUGACUCAAAGAACAUAGCAAGGGUAGUGCAACACAUGCUUGCGGAUGGUGCACUUAUACAAAUUACCGCAAGGAGGAAUUCUGAUUCUCCUGAGAAGGUUGAAUUUCUAUUCAAGAACAGAAUAAGGUAGCUGAUUCUAGUUGGAUUUAUUAAAAAAUUGUUAACUUAGCUGUAAGAAACAAAAUAUUUCAGCUCUUCAGCUCAAGGCACACACUCUCUC